AUGAACAAAACUCACCCCCAGAGAAAUGGUGAUGUUGCUACUUUUGAGUCAACAAAGUCCUUCUCUGAAGAAAGAGACUGCUGCCAGCCACACAGUGCCUGUGCAGGCUGCACACGGAGACACGCCUGCAUUUCUGCCACGGCACUGCUCGUCCUCGCUGCUGUCGUGGGCUUGGCGGUGGCACUGGGACUCCUGCCACGUGCGCCAGUGAACCGCUUCUGUGCAGCCUCCAAUAACCAGACAGGCUUCUUGUGCGAUGACAGAGUGACCUGCGUCCCGGCCAGCCAGGUCUGUGACGGAGUCAGCAACUGCAGGAACAGAGAGGAUGAGCAGGAGGAACUCUGUGGUGACUUGCCCCGUAGCCUUCCGGGAUACCUGGUUUUCCGCUGCAGUAACCCCGGGUACUGGGUCUAUGCCGAUCAGAGGUGUAACGGGAUGAAUGACUGUGGAGACUGCUCUGAUGAGAUGGGGAGCUUGGCCGCCUGCCCCCCGUGCGGGUUGGAGUGGUGGAGCUGCAGCCCAGUGCUCUACGAGUACUGCUCCUGCGUUCCCAGGAGGCUGUGCCGGGAUGGCGUCCAGCACUGCCUCAGCUGGUCUGAUGAGUAUAUCUGCAGACCGUGA